GGAAGGAGCGGCAUAAUGGAGCAUUUCUUUUUAAAAAUAUCACAGUCGCCUUGAUUUUUGUCAUAUCCUACCAUCUACCACUGGGAACGGAUUUGUGGAUAUAUUAUUUGCUGUAUUCCGGCGGAAGUAUGCAUUUAACGACGAGAAGAAGCGCUAUUGUCUCAUUUCUUUUGAUUGUGCUCUUGGCUUAUUAUUGGGAAGCGACGGCUGCACAGCUCUCCUAUUCCGUCUCAGAGGAGGUGAAUCCGGGGACUAAUGUCGGAAAUAUCGCCAAGGAUCUAAACCUUAACGUGCAGGAGUUGGUCUCCCGUUUGUUUCAGAUUGUUGCAUCUAAAAAGAAAUACUUUGAGAUAAAUCUAAAGACCGGAUUUCUGUAUGUCAGUGAGAGGAUAGAUCGAGAGGAGGUUUGUACAGAUGAGCCCAAAUGCACGAUUACCGUAGAGGCUGUGAUAAACAAUCCGUUAAAGCUUUACCGCGUGGAGAUAGAAAUUAGAGAUGUGAACGACCACUCUCCAUCCUUUAACACGAAAUCUCAAAUACUGGAAAUCGCAGAGAACACACUGCCUGGGUUUAGAUUUGCGCUAUCGGAGGCAAGCGACGCUGACGUGGGUAAAAACAGUGUUAGUGCAUAUAAGCUGAGUACUAAUGAAUAUUUCAGUCUUGCCACACAUAAAAGAGGAAAGGGUAUAUCUCCAGAGUUAGUGCUGCAGAAAGCCCUGGAUCGUGAGAAACAAGCAAGUAUACAACUUGUGUUAACUGCAAUAGACGGAGGGUCUCCACCAAACACGGGGACAUCAGAAAUUGAAGUAAGUGUGUUAGACAGUAAUGAUAACGCACCAGUGUUCAGUAGCACUCUUUACAAAAUUAAAACACUCGAAAAUAGCCCGAUUGGCACUACGAUCUUCACCUUAAAUGCGACUGACGCUGAUGAAGGAACAAAUGGUGAAAUAGUGUACUCCUUACGAAGUAAGGAUCAGGAUCAUAUUUUGGAUAUUUUCCAAAUUGACCCUGAGACGGGGGUUAUUUCAGUCAAAGCCAAAAUCGACUAUGAAGAAAGAAAAGCUUUCGAGAUCCGAGCAGAAGCUAGAGACAAAGGCCAGCCCCCCAUGGCAGCCCAUAGUAAGGUGCUGGUUGAAGUAAUAGACUUAAAUGACAACGCUCCUGAAAUCAAAGUGACGUCACUUCUCAAUGCAGUGAACGAGGACGCUGAAAUAGGCACUGCUAUUGCACUUGUUUCAGUUCUAGAUACAGAUAGUGGUAACAACGGUGAAGUUGAAUGUGUAAUCUUAAAUAAAGUUCCGUUCAAACUGGAUACAAAUUACAAAAAUUAUUACUCUUUAGUUGUUGACGGACAUCUAGACAGAGAGGAGACCCCUCAGUACAAUGUCACAAUUUCAGCUACGGAUGAAGGGAGCCCUCCACUUUCUAACACUAGUGUUAUCACUGUUUACCUUUCUGAUAUUAACGACAAUGCGCCACGUUUUUCACAGUCUUUAAUAAAUGUUUUUGUGAAAGAAAACAGCAAGGUAGGAACAGUUAUAAAAAGGGUGACUGCAGUCGAUGUUGACAUUAGCAACAACGGUCAGGUGAGCUAUUCACUAUUAGAUAGUAAUAGUAAAUCACUUCCUCUCCCCACAAUGGUAAACAUUAACUCAGAAACUGGAGACAUAAUCAGCCUGCAGUCUUUUAACUACGAGGAGUUGAAAAUGUUUCAAUUUAAAGUUCAGGAAGUAUAA